AUGUCAUACGACGGCGGCUACCCACAACAACGGCCCUACAAUGGCCCAGGUGCGCCACGUCCGCCUCCGCAGCGACAGUAUCCUCCGGGCCCCAACGGACCGCCCGGUCGACAGUUCGCAGGGCCGCCUCCACAAAACUACAACUCACCUCCGCAAGCCUACGACCAGCAAUACCAGGAUGGAUACGGUGGCUAUGAUGAUUAUGGUGGUCGUGGCGGAGGGUACGGUCCCGAGUAUGACCAGCAGUACGACGACAUGAACUACCAGAGAGGGCCACCUCAGAACUACCAACUCCAUGAUCAAUACGGGCCUGGGCCUGGACCUGGGCCUAUGGGACCAGGGCCAGGGAGGGGCAGGCCGAUGCAAGGCCCCGGAGGACGAGGAGGUAUGCCGCCGCGUGGGCCUAUGCCGCCUCGCGGUGGUGGACCUGGGCCUGGGCCGGGUAGAGGAUUUCAUAAUGGUCCUGGGCCUGGUCGCGGGGGACCAAACCCUCUUCAACGCUCUGCAACAGCGGAUCCGUUUGGUCGUGGCAGCGCACGCGGACCCAUGCUUAGCCCCCAGGAAAUGGGCUUUGGGGGUGCUUUCCCUACUUUUCCCGGCCAGCGCAAAAGAACGGAAAUCGACGAAGAGAAUCAGAUUCUAGAGAAAAUGGGUGGUAUGGCUAUCCAGGAUCGCACAGGGCUAGGAGAUGCGCCGCCGCCAACAGCAAACAGGGGUGGCCCUAUGGGUCCACCUGGUCCCAACGAUGGGCCUAGAGGUCCGCCGCAGCGAGGCUUCAGCCAAGAUGGUGGACAUCAAGGCCAGCGCGGACCGCCAGGUUCAGAUGAAGGCUACGGCCCUCCUGGGGGUUUCAGGGACGAGUUUGGGCCUCCGCAACGAACCAUGACCAUGCCUAACGAUCCAAGAGGCGGCCCUGGCCCGCGUGGCCCUCCGCCUGGGCGCUCCGAGACUACACCUUAUCCUGGGCCUGGGCCUGGGCCAGGACCCGGACCGGCAGGGCGGGGUAUGGGAAUGGGUCUACCGGCUAGACCGUCAACGGCACAGGGAAUGCGCGGCCCACCACGGGGCUAUCCAGCCAACGGCAUGCCCCCGCCUCCAGCUCCGCUGCGGGAGGACGGUCAGUACCAGCGGGGCUACGAUAAUCCUAACGAUGGCUAUGGCCCGCAAGCCCAGAGGCCAGUUUCUUUUGACGAUUUCUACGACUACUAUGACAACCCUCCCCAACAACAACAGCCACCACGGAACGACGGCAUCGCCGAAAUUCCUGACUUUAAUCGAUCGGCCAAUCAUCUCCGCAACGGCUCAGUAGACCAACAUAUGCGCCAACCUCCUGGAGGCCCACAAGAACGUGGCAGUCCAGGCAGACAGCCUGAUCUCAACAGGACGAAAUCACAGCCUGAUCUACGGCAAUCUCAAGCAGCUGUCUUUGAGAUGGUAGGUGACGUGCCUCCGAUUCCUAAUCAGUACAAGCCAUACCAGGCUGGUCAACCCAAUGGUCCUGGUCCUGGUCCCGACGGUUAUGACCAAGGCUACGAUCAGGGGUACGACCAGGGAUACGAUCAGAGGAUGCCUGGCGGCCCAGGGCUUCCGAUGGGCGCUGCUCCUGUUCGACACGGGAGUGGCGCAUCAACACAGUCUGCUCCCCUGCCUGGUCAAAAUCCAGACUCGCUUCCGUCUCACCCAGCCCCGGUCCGGCCUGGAUUGAUGCAGAAUUCGGUCGCAAGUCAGAUGAUCAACAAGCCGCCGCCUGUCCGGCACUAUAACAACACGCCGCCGAUGAACUCGAACAUGUCCGCCCCACCUGUCUCUCAAAUUAGCGCCCCUAUGGCACCACCACGGCCUGAGCCGCAAACUUCAGUCACUGUUGAGGAGCUUGAGCACCUCAGGGCGGUCAUCAAGACAGACCCCAAUGACCAAAACUCGGCGCUCAGGCUGGCUAAGCGACUUGUCGAAGCCAUGGAUGUCUUGGUACCCAACAUACCUGAUCCUAGGGGGCGGCAAAAGUCGCGCGAGCGUUAUGCAAACGACGCGCACAAGAUACUCAAGAAGCUUUCUCAUGCACAAAACGCAGACGCUAUGUUCUUUAUGGCUGACUGCCUAGGUCGGGGCGUCUUCGGGCCGGAGCCUGACAACAAGGAGGCCUUUACUCUAUACCAGUCGGCAGCCAAACUCGGCAACGCAGCCGCGGCGUACCGGACGGCUGUUUGCUGCGAGAUUGGUCACGAGGAAGGCGGUGGAACUAGGAAGGAUCCACUCAAGGCAAUCCAGUGGUACAAGCGUGCGGCCAUGCUAGGCGACACGCCUGCCAUGUACAAGGUCGGUAUGAUUCUGCUCAAGGGUCUUCUUGGGCAGCAGAAGAACCCCCGCGAGGCGGUUGGCUGGCUGAAGCGGGCGGCGGAGCGCGCGGAUGCCGAGAACCCACACGCGCUGCACGAGCUGGGUCUCCUUUACGAGAGCGCGCAGCCCAACGACGCCAUUGUGCGCGACGAGGGCUAUGCUUUCAGCCUCUUCACUCAGGCGGCAGAUCUGGGAUACAAGUUCAGUCAGUUCCGGCUUGGAGCAGCUUACGAGUACGGUCUCAUGGGGUGCCCGAUCGACCCAAGAUCCAGCAUCAUGUGGUACAGCAAGGCGGCGACGCAGGAGGAGCACCAAUCGGAGCUGGCACUGUCAGGUUGGUACCUGACAGGGGCUGAGGGCGUCCUGGCGCAGAGCGACACUGAGGCGUAUCUAUGGGCGCGAAAGGCGGCGCUCGCAGGUCUGGCAAAGGCCGAGUAUGCCAUGGGUUACUUUACCGAGAUUGGCAUCGGCGUCCCUGCUAACCUGGAGGAUGCGAAGAGGUGGUAUUGGAGAGCUGCUGCCCAGGAUUUCCCCAAGGCUCGCGAACGGCUCGAAGAUCUCAAGCGGGCUGGCAAAAACGGCCCGACACGGCAACGGGAACGUAUAUCUCGAAGCACACCAAAACAGGAGGGAGAAUGCGUGGUCAUGUAG